UCUUAUCUCCAAUCUCUACAUCUUAAACCCUAUAAGAAAAAUCAAUGGCGAAGAAGAAACAAUCACAGAAGAAACAACAUGAAAACCAUCAAGAGAUAGAAACAAACACAUAGAUCAGAUCAAUACACUGCAGAAAUCUAAAGAAGAAUUUGAAUCUGAGAUUACUGAGAAAUUCGAAACAGAGAAGGAAAUUGAAGGUAAAGUGAUGGAAGAAGUGAAAGCUGAAAUCAAGAAAUAAAUAGACAAGGUUACAGUUCAAUUGGAAGAUGGCGAUCAGUUGAAGAUGAAGAUUAAAGCAAAUUUUGAUGAAAUUGAAAGGUUGGAAUUGAAGUACGAUGGCAUUUUGAAAGAGAAAUCUAAAUUGCAAGAUGAAAUUAACAAGUUGAAGAAGUUUGUGGAUGUUCUUAAUGGAGAUCUUGUUCGUGAAAGACAGCUUGAUUCCGAGAUGGAGACGAUUCAGAAGAAAUUGGAUCUUCAGGUUGAGGAAUCCAGGGAUCUGAAAAUGAAAAUCAAAAAGUUAGAGAAGAAUGAGGUGUUUAUUCAGAAGAAACUCAGUGAGGUAGAAAUGGAGAAUGAAAAGCUUGUCAAAGGAAAGAAAAGCCAUGAAUCUGUGAAAAGUGAGAAGAAGGCGGCCGAGAAGAAAUUGACUGAGACUUUGAAAGCGCUUGAUGAUUUGAAGCAACACAAGGAAAGGAUUGUAUUGCAGAAGGAGAAUAUUGAGAAGAACAGACUUUAUCAGUUGGAGAAAAUCGAUGAUUUGGAGAAACAGGUUCAGGAGCUUGCUGCAAAGAUUGCUUCAUUGGAGAAGAACAGGGUUUCUCAGUUCUGGAAAAUCGAAGAUUUGGAGAAACAUGUUCAGGGGCUUGUUGCAAUAAUUGCUUCAUUGGAGAAGAAUAAUAAGAUGCUGAGAAACAAAGUCACAGAAGAAAACAAUGAAAGGGAUGAAGCAUUUCAAGGUUUAUUGGGUGAGAAAAAUUUGAUUGAGCAGAAAUUGGUUGAUUUGGAGAAGAUGUUUGAAGAAUUGAAACGAGAGAAGGAAGAAAUUGCUGCGGAGAAGAACAAGAUUGAGAAGAACAAUAUUGAGAAAUACAGGAUUGGGAGGAACAAGGCCGAUCAGUCAGUGAAAGUAGCUUUAGAGAACGUAAAAUGGAGAAAAGGCUACACUGAAGCUUUAGAGAAACAACAACUGUUGGAAGUGGAAUUGGAUUCCGAAAGAAAGAAAGUAAAGGAAAUUGUUCAAGAGAAAGUUGCCAUCGAGAGAACCAAGAUGAAGAUGGAAAAUGAGGUUGAAGAGCUUCGGAAUGAAUUGGCUGCGCUUGAAAUGUCGAUUUCUCAGCUUGAGAAGUCUUACAAUGAUCAAACGGAAGCUAACAAGCAUCUGGAAUCAGAGGUUGGGUCUUUGAAUGAUAAUCUCAAAAGUGUUGCUGCUGAGAAGAGUGAAAUACACAAGGAACUUGAGUUGAAGAAAAAUGAAGAGUUGAGCUUGAGUUUGAAAGUGAAGGAACUGCAAAAUUGCAUGGAUGAGGCAAUGAAGGAGAUUGAGGAGCAAAAGAAAGGAACAGGUUUGGUUUCUGUUGAAAUGAAGAAGUUGGAAACUCAGUAUGAAAUGUUGAUUCAAGAGAAGUCAUUAUUAGAAAAGAAAUUGGUUGGAGUUGAAAUGGGAAACAAAAGUUUGACCUCAAAGAUGAUGUCUGCUCAAUUGAAUGCUGGGAAGGCAUUGUUGAUGUUGAAGGAUGCUGCAGGAAUAAUGGGCGGGGGUGAAGAUGAAGAGCAAGAAGCAACUGUGGAAUCGGUUAUUGAUAUGAAGAAAAUCGAGGGAGAUAUCCUAACAGUUGCAUCUGAGUUGGAAAGUAUUGGAAAUGCUUUCAAGAACAAGGAUAAGAAAAUGGAAGAAAUGACUCAACAGAUUGAGAAGCUGAACAAGUCUGCUAAGAAGAAUUCUAACAUUUGGGCAUUGGUAUAUACUGCCACCACUAUCCUUGCUGCAGCAGCUGCGACUUACAUUGCAAGAGGACACUAAAUUGCUCAUCUUGUCUACUAUGAGUUGUGCAAUAGUUAUGACGCAUGUUUUUGGAUGUCUUAUGUUUUUCUUAUGUGGUUAGUUCAUGUUGAUGUAUGUCUUCUGAGUGAAAUAGUUAUAAUGUGAACUUUUAGUUUAGCUUCGAUACAAUGUUAUCUUUUGGGAAAAAAA